UCGUCGUUUGUCAGUUGCCAUCAAAACGUCAGCCGCCCAACAAAUCGCGGACGGAUUAUUUUGUGUGUGCGAAAAAUUUUGCUGCUGCUCGGUUUCGGGUGCGUUUGGGGUGGCCAAGGAAAAAAAAUCUUCGCCAGGAAAAGUGGUUCCGCGCGUCACGGGGUCCAAGGUGCACUUCCGGUUUGGGGUGAGAUUUGCUAGGUGGGAAACGCAAGGUUGGUUUUUUCCGCAACAAACAAGAACACGGACCAUUUUCGCCUGAUAAUCUCGUGCAGCGGGUCGGUUCUGGGACCUGUCAGACGAAGGGACGAAGUGACCAGCGGAGGAACGACGUACACCGUGUUUGUGUGUGCGUGUUUGCGCAAGAGAAAGAACUGCACGGAGGAAAAAGGAAGAUAAAAGUGGACAUCCUCGCUUCAAGAAGGCAGAGCUUCAAUCCGGAACUUGCGGGGAAUCGACGCUGCGUUUUUGGUGGACUUGUUCUAGUACGCGAUUUUCGGUGUUGAACCCCCGUGUUCCCUCCACGUUCCCCAACAUUCUCUUGCUCAUUCUGGCCCAGCUCUCCGUGGCCACUGCCUGCCUGCCAUCGUCGUCGCCGUGCCGUUGCCGUGCAAGUGUUUGCAAAGUUACGCGAAAUAUGUGCUGUUGAAAGGUACAAGAGAAGAGCUCUCCUUCCUGAUCCCGUGGUGUGGUAGCAGAGAAGAAAAUCAACAAUCGAAAACGGGAAGAAUCUUCCGAGUGACCCAAGAGAUCCCGUGUUUCCGGAGCGAAAGAUUAGUAGCACCUUCUCGACGCACAGUUGAACGGACAGGUGAAUUCGCGAGUCUCGAGGCGCCAGCGCAGUUGGAGUUCAAUGUUGACCUGGUGAACGCGUGAAACCGCCAACACCAGGAUAGCAGCAGCAGAAGCAGAAUCGAAAGCGUGAGAGUUUGAAGAAACGACGACGAAACCGACCCAGCCGAGAUGGGUGCGUUCCUGGAGAAACCGAUGACGGCCAAGCACAACGAGCACGGCGAAGGAAACGGGCUGCGUUACGGCGUGGGUUCGAUGCAGGGCUGGCGCUGCGAGAUGGAGGACGCACACUACGCCAAAACCGGGCUCGGCGAAGCCCUCGAGGAUUGGAACUACUUUGCGGUGUUUGACGGGCACGCCGGCCACAAGGUCGCGGACCAUUGUGCCAAGAAUCUGCUGCAGUCGAUCAUCCGGACACAGGAAUUUAGCAAUAACGAUAUUACGCGAGGUAUUCACGCCGGCUUCCUCAAGCUGGACCAAACGAUGCGGGACAUUCCGGAGCUGGCAUCCGGGGCGGACAAGUCCGGCACGACCGCGGUCUGUGUGUUCAUCUCGACGCGGCACGUCUACAUAGCCAACUGCGGUGACUCGCGGGCCGUCCUCUGUCGCAACGGUCAGCCGCUGUUCUCGACCCAGGACCACAAACCGAUCCUGCCGGGCGAGAAGCAACGCAUCCAGAACGCCGGCGGUUCCGUCAUGAUCCAGAGGGUGAACGGCAGCUUGGCCGUGUCGCGGGCACUCGGCGAUUACGACUUUAAAAACUCCAAGGAUUUGGGCCAGUGCGAGCAGCUGGUGUCGCCGGAGCCGGAAAUCUUUUGCCAGGACCGGGACCCGGCCGACGAGUUUCUGGUGCUGGCCUGCGACGGCGUGUGGGACGUGAUGAGCAAUGCCAACCUUUGCCAGUUUGUGCACAGUCGGAUGCUGAUCUCGGACAACCUGGAGGACAUUGCGAAUCAGGUGAUCGACACGUGCCUGCACAAGGGCAGCCGCGACAACAUGAGCAUCAUCAUCAUUGCAUUCCCGGGCGCGCCCGAACCCAACGAGGAGGCCGCCAAGCGCGAGGAAAAGCUGGAGGCCACCCUGCGCAAGCGGGUCGACGAGAUCGUCACCGAGAUGGGCACGGCCGUCGAGUACGGGCUGCUGCUGAAGCGGCUCAGCGAGGAACACAUUCCGGACCUGCCGCCGGGCGGUGGCCUCGACGCCAAGUGCUCCUUCGUGUCCAAGGUGUUCAAGGAGCUGUGCCCGAAGCUGGCGGACUCGUGCGAGGUGGGCAGCUAUUGAGGCCGUGGCCGUGGCGGCGGCAGCGGCUCCAGCAGCAGGCAACGGUUCUGGGCGGCCCGCGCAGAUGCCGAAGCGCGGCUUGCCCGGCUCAGACAGGAACAGCGCGAGGAUGAUGAGUUUUUAGCGGAAAUAACCAGAGAUCAUAUUCAUGUAUAGGAGAGGCGGGAGUGUGAGAGAAAGAGAGAGCGAGAGCGAUUGUGUAUCGGGGAAAAGCGCGGGAUUCACACAGCUAUUUAAGAGUAUAAUAUUAUUAUUAAAAGCAGAAAGAAACAAAACAAAACAUAAUCAGAGACAGAGUUUUUAAGUUUAUUUUUUGUCAUUCGAGGUUAAGAUUCGGUUUCCAGUUAGUUUUUCGUUGUAUUGAAAGAGAGGGGCGACUCGUUAGAAUCACGGUGUAAAAAGUUUACUAGUACUAAGGAAAGGUUUAGAAAAAAUCUGCAGAAAAAAACAUAAUAACAAAAAAAUAAUCAUCCAAUAAAUUUGUAAGGUAAUGUGCAGCAAAAUAAUGUCGGUGUCAAUGGUUAGCAAAGUGCGGAAUGUGGGCAAAAGUCAGUGCGAAGCACUGAAUUUGAUUGCAAGGGGCUAGAAGGGGCAAUUUUAUUGAGGUUUUCCUUUUUGAAAUUUGUACACUAUUAAAUCAAAACGGCGACAAAUUACUUCGUUUGUAUUUUCUCAUACAGUAAAAAGAAAAGUUGUGCCAAAUUAGCUGUAGGAGAGCACAAUUGCCAACGCUUUCCACACGUGUAACAUUCAUCUAAAGCUGAAUUUUGUCGGCACUUUUAAUCACAAUCUCGAAAAACUGCCUUUUCCAGUCUCUUGCAAACUGAUUUAGCUUCCGUUCAAAGGGGUUUGAGAAGGAAACAGAACGGAAAAUAGCUUCAAACAAGCUUAACCGUUUGGCAGAGGUAUAAAAAUAUAGUUGAAACUCGCCAGCGUUCGAAACAUGCUUUGAAAACAAAAAGGAAACAGUUUGUUUCAGCAUUAUUGGAAAACCCUCGUUGAAUAAUGGAUCAUAUCGCAGUUCAGGAUGAAGUGCUCAACUCGAGUUCAGCAUGCAUUUUGGGCAACUUCAUCAUGCACUCUACUUUGGAUACAGUUUUUCGUACUGAACUGCUUCUUUACUAGAUUUCAGUGUAAAUUUCGCAAAAUCAAAACUCGAAAUUUCGUCGCGAACGCAAGUAUCUGUGUGUGUGUUUUAUAAUGGAUGUGGUACAUUUAGAUGAUAAAAAUGUAGAUAAGCAAUGCGGAUCAUGCUGCAGAUUACAUCGAGGUAUUUAUCGAAAAAAAAGUUCAACUCAAAACCAAUCUGAUCAUACUGGAAUUCACGGUGAAGUGCUGUACUCGAAUUCAGCAUGAAUGUUUAGAGAGUUCGAAACGAACUCUACUUUUUCUGCUGUUUUUCGGUUUCAAAUGUUUCUAUAAGAGAUUCCAGUGUGAUUUUGUUUGCCGAAACUGAAAAUUUCAUCGUGAAAUCAAGUAUUUCUGAAUUCUUUUAUUUUUAUAAAGAAUGUUUCGAACGCGAGCGAACAAAUUGGACUUCUUUUGUAACAACGCUUCAAACCACCACGUAGAAACAAUGCCGCCAUAAACCAUUAAGAGAAAAGAAAAAGAAACAAUACAAAAAACAUACCAUUAGCUUGUUGUUACAUACCAAACUUUACGAAAUAAGUGAACCCAGGGUAAGCAGCAAGAAUAAAAAAAAGAAUCAUUCUCACAUAAAACAAUACAACAUUCACAAACGAACACAAAAGACAACAACAAAGAAAAAGGUGAAAAACAAAAACUUGUGUAGACAAAACAGAGCGUGUUAAAUGCUUCAAAACUCGUUGGAUCGUCGUCGGUUAAACACGGAUUAACCGGUUAAGCUUAACAAAUGGAAAACGGAUUUGACGCGGAUUUGCGUGGCGCAUGUGCGUGUGUGUGUGUUGGUGGGAAAUUUUAACAACUAAUAGUUGAGAUUUGGAGCGACUCUGAGUGUAUGUGUAGUUAUGGUUUCUUUUCUAAAGUUUGGAGAAUUUUGCCAGAUUGGGCAACGGUUGAGCCACCUUUCAUCGGUUGCAUCAUUAACGAACAUUAAAAGUAAAGAAUUAAGAAAAAUAGGUUUAGUUUUUCACUUCGAGUCCUUUUGUUGUUAGGUUUAGUUGAUCAUUUUAGAAUUAGUUCGAUUUACUUAAAAUAAAACAAAAACGUGGCAGAUUUUACUGGCAAACAAAAAUUCCGCUCUUCAUACUUACAUUGAAUUGAAAGGGAGAGAACCGAGAAAAGAGUUGUUUGCUGACUAAAAAGAGAAGAAAAAAUUGGGAAGCUAGUUGGUAGAAUCGUGCGCUUGAGAAUAUCGUCUACACUCCAUAGAGUAAUUUGAGUUUAUAAAAUAAUACCUAUAGUAGCAAGGAAACAGAAAAAAAACCUUUUCGAUUUGAACGGAGAGAACACAUCCAAACAAACAAAAAAAGAAUGCAUUGAAAACAAAAGAAAGAAAGAAGUAUGAGGAGACAUUUUUGAUGAUGAAAGCCAUGCUCACGCAGGAAGAAAAUAAACGAGACGAAGUAGAAGACGGGUGGCAGCACGAUACUGAAGGAAAUAAUACGCGAUUAUUGAACAAAACCAUUUCCAAUAUCGAGAAGAAAGAAAGGAAAAAAAAACAAACAAAUAUAUAAGAACCUUGGUAUUUAUUAUUGAAAACCACAAACUUGUAAAUGGACAAACAGAACAAAUAGAGUUGGUGUUUUAUUACUA